AUGAAUCCGGAUUUCCAGUCAGUCGUUCCGAUUUUACGGAUAUUCGACAUCAAAAAGGCCGACGAAUUCUACCUUGACUUCCUCGGAUUCACGGUAGACUGGGAUCACCGUUUCGACGACAACGCGCCAUUGUAUCGCCAAAUCUCCAAGGGCAAUCUCAUUCUGCACCUCAGCGAACAUCAUGCAGAUGGAAGCCCGGGUGUCAAAAGCCGUGUCAUGAUGAGGCAGGGAAUCACUGGGUAUCACGAGGAGCUUAUCGCCAAGCAAUACCGGUAUAUGAGGCCGGGGUUGGAGAAAGGCUACGGGGGACCGGAUGCUCGGGAGCUCACAGUUAUUGAUCCCUUUGGCAACAAUAUCACUUUUUGCCAAGUCGAAAGAGACACACAGGCUGUCACCGCGGCUUAG